AUGGCUUCCUCCAAGCUUCCUCUCCAAGAAUACUCGACCUUGAGCGCGGCGGCGGCGAACGGUGUCGACCAGUUGUGGAAGGUUCAGCUUCGAAAAGAGCACAGGGCUAUUCAAGAGAAGCUGGAUGCGCUCCAGACGACUAGAGAAGAGAUCAAGGAUCAGCAAGAAAACUUCACGCGGCUGAGAUCCGAAUUCGAGACCGAGCUUCACGGCCUCAAGCAAGAGAUACAAAAACGAGAUGAUGCUCGAGAGGAGGAACUUGCUGCAUUGAGGGUCCAGAUAGAUGAAUUGCAACGAAUGAUCAUCCCGGAAGAUAAAAUCAAGGCCUUAUUAGCACAGCAGGAACGAAAGAGAUUCGAGAAGCGUUUGAGUCAUUCAGGAGACCCAUCUUCCGAUGACUCUGGUGUCACAAUCACAGAUAGUUUCAACAAUACUGUUACUUUACCUCAAACUAAAGAAACAAACCAAGUAUUACCUUCGAAAGAAUCACAAAACAUCCAGAUGCCAGCUUCAACAAAGCGACCAUCAAAUAAGGUUACGAAGCGCCCAGUCACACGCAGCGUCAAAAAGAAGCCCGUUAAGCCAGCUGCUAAACCUGCAGCACAACCUACAUCAAUGGCGGAUGCUGUCAAGUUCCAACAACUUUCCCAAGGCGCAAAUAACAUAGGCCUAUACUACGCUAAUACAGACAAGUUACAUACAUCGCUCUCAAUCGCUAAUGAUAGGCUUGAUAUUGAUUAUGUCAACGCGUUUAUCCAGGGCCUUGCCUCUGAGGCAGAUAAGGGUAUUUUGAUCAGCGAAUUGCAGCAACUCCAUCGGUCCAGGUCCACAGCUGACGGAAAGAUUGAAAUCUUGUGCCAAUGGAAUGACGUUGAGGAUGCAUUGCGAGCCUCCUCCUUGCUACCCGUGAAGGAUCCUGGGAAGACGAAUACGGUGCAAAAGAGAAAGCGGGGCUAA